CUCACUAGACAAGGUUCAUAUUUGUGUAGGUUACUUAUUCUCCCUUUGUUGACUAAGUCAAUAAUCAGAAUCAGCAGGUUUGGAGUCAGCUUGGCAGGGGAUCAGCAGCCUGGCUUGGGAGGAGGGAGUAUAAAAGCCCCUCUAGCUGAGAGCGGACUUCACAGAGGUCCACGGGCUCCUAGCAGGAUGGCUUCCUCUCAUCUGAUCCUCCUUUGCCUCGCUGCACUGGCAUUUAUGUCUGAGGCUGGCCCUGCGGGCACUGGAGAAUCCAAGUGUCCUCUGAUGGUCAAAGUCCUGGAUGCUGUCCGAGGCAGCCCUGCUGUGGAUGUGGCCGUGAAAGUGUUCAAAAAGACUGCCGAGGGAACCUGGGAACCAUUUGCCUCUGGGAAGACCGCUGAAUCUGGAGAGCUGCACGGGCUCACCACAGACGAGAAGUUCGUAGAAGGGGUGUACAGAGUCGAGCUGGACACCAAAUCCUACUGGAAGGCCCUCGGCAUUUCCCCGUUCCACGAAUACGCAGAGGUGGUUUUCACAGCCAAUGACUCUGGCCAUCGCCGCUACACCAUCGCGGCCCUGCUCAGCCCAUACUCCUACAGCACCACUGCCGUCGUCAGCAACCCCCAGGCGUGAGGCACCCGGCCCAGGAGGACCAGGAUCUUGCCAAAGCAGUAGCAGCCCGUUUGCAGGGAAACAGUGUUCUUGCUCCAUAAACUGUGUUAGCAAUUCGGAAAGACGCCAUGAAACAUUCCUAUUAAACCACUUGUCAUUUCAUUCAAA